CGCCGCCGCCUCGGCACUACGGGACACGCCACACGGCCACCUAACCGCGCCGGUGCACGUUCGGAUCCAAACCCUCGGGGCCCGGAUCAGAGCCCUCUCGGGCCAGGCGCACGCCGGUGAGGCCCAGAUCUGGAGCCAACAGCGGGAUGCCCUGACCUCCCCCAGUAGCGCCUGGCGACAGCAGCCUCUCCCUCCCCACGACCUCCCUCCCCCCGUCAUAGGGUUUCGCGGCCAGCUCCUCCCACGGUUGCCCGGCGCGGAUCUGCGGCCAACUCCUCCCCCGCCCCCACGCUGCCAGAGCCAGGCCACGUUGUUAAACUUGGAGCUAGACAAUGGAUCUGGAGACAGAGAAUCGACUUGCUUCUCUACUACUUGAAGAGGCGCGGAGAUUACAGUUAGAGGCUGACAGGGAAGGUGUUCACGCAUAUCUGCGAAAGCCUAAUGUAAGGCAUCGUCCAAACUCACGGUUCCUCACAGCCACAGUUCGUGGAGUUCAGCAAGCAAACCGUGUUGUGGAGGUCAAUGAAAUGUGGCAUGCCAGGGAAAAGGAGUUGGAGUUGGAAUCUAAAAUGAAAAGCAGAACUAGCAGAAGUAAAGAUCGUGAUGACUCUAGGGGCGAGAAGCGCAAAAGUGACUUGAGAAACCAGAGGUCCAGCUCAAGAAUCGAACAAGAAGGGAUUACUUAUAAUAGUUCUUGCUCAGACCAGGAGGAUGGUCUAGGGGAUGAUGAAAUUGAAAGAUUUCUUCAUUCAAGGGUGAAGCGAGGGCGUGGGGCCAUUGGUUCUAGGAUGGAUGAGCCUGGUCCAUAUCUUGAUUCUUCAUCCCAUCGUCAAGGCAAUGGACCUAGUCCUGAUAUACGUUUGGAAGAAAAAUGGGAACGUCGAGUGCAAGGCCCAGAGAAGCCUUCAUUUUUGAGAUCCAAGUCUCUUGAUGAUUAUUGGCAUAGGGAAACAUUGGAUGGAAGGCCAUCCAGCUCUGAACCACAGAGCAAGAAAGAAAAGAAAAAGAAGUUGGAGAAAAAAGAUGAGAGAGAUAAAAGCAUUAAAAAGGACAAGAAGAAAUCCAAGCAUCGCCAUCACCAUCACAAAAGCCGAAGAAGGGAGUGACGUGCCUGUUAGCUGAACAGAAAAUGUACACAAGGGUUCUGCCCUGAAAGAGGCAGCUAGGCUGAUUGUUGCUGUAACGUGAAAUUUGUAUUGUACGAGAAACUUGGCAUUGUGCAGAAUGGACUAUGUUUCUUAUGAUACAUAGUGAUCUUGCAAAGUCAUAUUGUCCACUGUUGAAGUUGAAUCUGGGUUAUAACAUGAUUAACAUCUUAAAGAA